AUGGGGCCCCCGUCCCUCCGGGCAUGCCGGCAGGACUCGUCGCCCUGGGACUGGAAGCCCCCGCCUACUGGGCGUGUCCCUCCACCUAAGCCCCGCCUCCGCGAGCACGCCGGGAGCGGCGGGCGCGCGGCGAUGGCGGGCGCGGGGCCGGGCGGGGGGCGGGAUGGCGCCGUGAGGGCCGCGCUGGCCGUGGCCGCCGCGCUGGCGCUCGCCUUGGCCUGCCUGCUGCUGCGGGGCGCGCUGCUGGGCGCGGCGGCGCUGGGCGCGGCGGGCGCCUGGUGUGCCAUGCGGCCCGGCCCGCCCGCGCCGCGCCCGCCCGCCCGGGUAAGCAAGGGGAAGAUCGGGGUAGAGCGGGCGGGGAAGCCCCAGACCGCGUCGGAGGUGCUGACCGCGCUCUGUCCCCACAGGGUGCCGCGCUGCCGGCCGCAGGCCCCGCGCCGCCGGUACCCGCUGCCUGAGGCCCGGCCGGCCGUGCCGCUGUGCUUGCCCGCCGCCCGCUGGGAGGGCGGCUCCCCCCGCAGCACGCCUUGGGCCCGCCGGGCCGGGCCGCUCCGCAGCCCCGUCACCGUGAGAAUCGCCCCGCCAGCCGUCAGCAUCGCCCGAUCCCCAGCUCUAGAACAGCUGGUCUCGCCUCUGGCCUUCCCAGCCACCAGCAGCCCUGACCCAUGUGCGAAGGAGACUGUGCUGAAUGCCAUCAGGGAGAGCAGGAAAAGGGCUGUGGAGGAGGAGGAGGACCAGACUUUUGAGAAUGAUCUGGAGACCAAAAGAAGGCGCCACGACAGCAGUGGAAGUGGGCAGUCAGCAUUUGAGCCACUGAUAGCUAAUGGUGCCCCUGCUUCUCUUAUACCCAAGCCAGGCUCUCUGAAGAGGGGCCUCAUCUCCCAGUACCCAGAGGACUGCUCCAACAAGAGGUCUCGCACCUCCUCCAUGAGCUCCCUCAGCAACACCUACGCCGGCGGGAUCCCCAGCUCCAUCCGCAACGCCAUCGCCAGCUCCUACAGCUCCAGCCGGGGCCUCUCACGGCUGUGGAAGAGAAGAGGUGUGAGCGUGUCCCCUCUGUCCAGCCCAGCGUCCUCCCGCCCCCAGACACCAGAGUGGCCUCUCAAGAAAGCCAGGGAAGAAGAGUCACAGCAUUCCAACGCUUCCACCCCAGUGAAAUCAGACAAGGAGCUGCAGCCAGAGAAAGGUGUGGAGUCACCGGUGUGGAAGAAGCAGAAUUCCCUGAGCCCACCAUCUGCUUCGGGGAGCAGUGGGAAGCGCAAGCGGAAGAUCCCAUUGCUGUCAUCUUUCCGUGGGGACCAGCUAGUGCUGCCCCCACCACCUCAGCUGGGCUACUCCGUCACCUCAGAGGACCUGGAUGCAGAGAAGAAGGCAGUGCUGCAGUGGUUCAACAGUGUCUUGGAGGAUAAGGCUGAUGCAGUCGCCAGCACCACUGCAGAGACAAUGCCUGUGUCCAAGCCGCCGGUGUUUGUUGUGACCUCCGCUGGGCCUAUGCCUGCCUCCACAGCUCCUGCCCCGGGCAGCUCCUCACUUCUGGACAGUCUGAAGAAGAUGCAGAGCAGCCAGGCUGUAUCCACAACAUCAGAUUCCACUGGAACUGUGGCAGCAUCCCAGCCACCUCCGUCAGCUGCACAGCCACCUGCUCCUGCUGUGUCAUUGGAGUCAAGCUCUCUGCCUGCCAUCUCUGCUGACACCAAGCCUGUGCCUGUAUUGAGCACACCUUCCCCCAGUGCUCCCACUGCCCUGGUGGUGCAACCCCCCAGCAGCCUGGCCUCUCCUGUGUUCACUGAGCUGGGCCAGACGCCCAGCAAGCCUCCCUCCUUCCAAAAGCCAAGCAUCCUGUUCGGGAUGCUGAACACCCCGCCAGCCAGCCAGCCAGCAGUGACUGCGGCCGCUACCGUGCCCACCACGGCCACUGCUACACCCACUGCAUCCACUGCUGUGCCCACCCCACCCACUGCCAUGCCCGCCACAACCCCCAUCUUCAAACCCAUCUUCGGUGCUGUGCCGAAGAGUGAGAACGCAGCAGUCUGCACGGCUGUCACUUCCACCACAGCCACCAUGCCCGUAAGCUCAGGCCCUGCCUCAACGUCCUCCACAUCCUCCAUAUUCAAGCCCAUCUUUGGCAGCAUCACUGCAGCUUCAUCUCCAGCAAAAGUUUCUCCUUUUGCCUUCAAACCUGCGGCACAGCCGGCCUCAGAGCCGACAACUGCCUCCACAGCUGCUCUGGCAGGAAUCACGGGUCUUCCAAACGUCAUCUUCACCACUGCAGCUACAACUGCCACCACCCAGAGUUCCUCCACGGAUGCCACCAUUAAACCUGUCUUCAGCUUUGGACCGAACCCGCCUGCUUCCGCUGGCCCUGCUGCUAGUGUGACUGUCAAUGCUGCCACCUCCACCAGCACAACACAGCCCUUCCUGUUUGGAGGCCUCUCCAGCUCUGCUCCCAGCACAGAAACCAGCUUUACCCCCUCAGGGCCUGUGUUCCAGUUUGGGAAGCCACCUCCAGCUGCAGUCACUGCCACCACCAGUGUCCCAGGAGGCCCUGCCUUUGGCCAGGUACCUUCAAACUCAACGGUUGCUGCCACCACUGUGGGCUUUAGCAUAUUCGGGAGCACUACACUGACCACCUCUGCCCCAGCCACCACAGCUCAAGUGCCACCGACAUUCGGCUCCUCAGUUUCAGCUUUUGGCAGCUUUUCAGCCAGCGCAAAGCCACCGCCACCGUACCCUGGCACUGGGAGCCAGCUCACCUUCAGCACUGGGGCUGCUGAGAGCCAGGUGCCCACCAGCAAGCCUGCUGCUGGCCCCAUCAGCUUCACCCCCUCGUUCAAUUUCGGAGCCUCCCCGGCACAGUCGGUGGCUCAGCCAGCAUUUGGCAGCGGUGCCCAGCCAGCCUUUGGCACAACCAGUGCCCAGGGCUCCUUUGGCACCAGCAGCACCCAGGCAGCAUUUGGGACCACCACCUCGGUGUUUUCUUUUGGAACAGCCACCUCCACCACAUCCAGCUUUGGUGCCACCACCCAGACCACAAGCAGCAGCACCGGUGCCAGUGUCUUUGGCACCACUCCAUCUCCAUUCACUUUUGGGGCCAGCACCCAGCCAGGCCCCUCCACCAGCGCCUUUGGGAUGGGUACACCGGGCCUCAGCAGUGGGUCCCCAGCUGUGGCCUUCAGCUUCGGGGCUGGGCAGAGUGGGGCAGCCCCGGCAGCAGCGCCCUUCGGCUCAUCUCUGCCGCAGAGUGCACUGGGAGCGCAGGGCCAGAGCACGCCCUUCGCCUUCACCAUGAGCAGCACUCCCAACAGCAAGCCUGCAUUUGGAGGAGCUUCAGUGCCCACCUUUGGGCAGGGCACGCCUGUCCCUGGAGCUGUGGGCAGUGGAAGCAGCACCCUUUCCUUCAGGACACCCAGCACUCCUGCCUCAAGCUUUGGAGGAGUCGGCACUUCCUUUGGUUCAUCCACUCCCACCUUCUCCAUCGGGGCAGGAUCCAAGAUGGGCACUCGCCAACGGCUGCAGGCACGGAGGCAGCACACCCGCAAAAAGUAGCCCUGGUGCUGCUGGGCUCCACUGGCUCACGUGUGGGGGCCUCUGGACUGGAGCUGUCCCUAUGGUGGGACCAGGCCCCGUCCCUGACACCCACUGGAUGAUAAGCCAAACUCUUGUUACUUGAACAGUUCCAGACCCAAGACUGGACAACUCUCUGUACAUAUCCACAAUGUUCUUUUCCCUCAAUUUAUUUUGCCUUGUUUAAUAAUGUGUACAUUUCUCCCCAUUUGCUUCUUGUAGCUGUUUCCAUGCCCCUUCCCAGCCCUCAGCCAGCCCCAAGGCCUUGUCCCGCUCAGAGCUUGGCUGGUGACAUGCCGUGGUUCCGAGUUCCUGUCAGACACCAUCUUCACCAGGUCCCAGAAUCUUUCCCAUUGUUCAUCCUGUGGCCUGGUGAACAUGGUCCCAUGCCUGCAGCCAGGGUGAGUUCCAGCCUGGCUCUGUUUCGGUGCCACAGCUGACUGGCA